AUCUCUGGCCUGCUCGCCCUCAUCUCGGCAGUUUGACAGCUGAUCAAGUUGAAUUCAGUUUAGUUUGACAUUUGAUACGUCAAUUCACAUUGAACAUUGAAUGUUAAAAGUUGUCCUUGUUUUUCAGAGUUAAUAAAAAUUUAAGUCCAAAUUAACAAAAAUGGCACGAUAUUUCCGAGAAGAAGAUAUUGAUGAAUUUAGGGAAUGUUUCUAUCUCUUUGCACGAAGUGGACAAAUUCGUACUCUGGAUGAAUUGACCAUUAUUAUGAGAUCGUUAGGUCUCAGUCCUACGAUUGCUGAAUUGAACAAAUAUUUAAAAGACAAAGGAGGAAAAAUGUCUUUUGCUGACUUUUUGGAAGUGGUGCACCUUCAGACAAGAGCAGAGGAUCUUCCAAAAGAAGUAAUAGAAGCUUUUCGAGCUGCAGAUACUUCGAGAACUGGAACCAUACCAGCUCGUCAAUUGGCACAUAUGUUGCUUCGCUGGGGAGAACGUCUCAGCAGUAAAGAAGUUGAACAAAUUUUUCGAGAGGCUAAUGUUUCUCUUAAUGGACAUGUUAAAUACGAGGAUUUCGUAAAAAUUGCCUGUGCACCAGUACCUGAUUACUAUUAACAAAGAAAAUAUUUAAAACGGGUUUGGGUAUUUUAUCAUUUAUCUUACGUGACAGGUUUUGAAGAAAGGUACUUAAGCAGUGAUAGGUGAUAAUUAAACAUAAUUAUAAAAAGGAACAUUUAUUCAAUCUAAAACUCAGCGAUUUUUUCAGCUUCGGUACCUUUCUUGCAGAGUGCGUCACAUAUAUUUAUUCCUUACAUUCCAGAGAAAAGAUGUAAAUUUAAUAAUUAUUUAGUGAGGAAAAGGGAGUUUUUUUUAUACUUUUCAUAACUUUUCGGGAAUAUUUGUAGUCAUUUCAAUUAAAUUUUAUACCUUUCUACCGAAUUGUUGACGUUCAUCGAUCAAAAAAAAGUAUUAAACAUUCCUCUGUAAACUGAGUUUACAAAUAUUGUUACAUUUAGUAAAUAAAACAUGUUUUAUUAUAUAAAGAUGGAAUUUUUAAAAAUAA